UUUUUUUUUUGCCAUGUCUUUUCGUAUUGCAAGAAACAUUAGUCAACAUAUUUUUCCAACUGAAAAAAUAGAGGGGAAUGGAGCUAGAAUUUAUCGUAGUAUCGGGAUUCGGUCUUUGCGCAAUUUAGAUCCAUUCUUGCUAUUUGACGAAUUCUAUAUUGAAGAGCCAGGAGGAUUUCCACCUCAUCCACACCGAGGUUUUGAGACAGUUACUUAUCUGUUGGAAGGCAAGAUUCAACAUAGAGAUUUUAAGGGACAUCAAGGUCUAAUAGGCCCUGGUGAUCUUCAAUGGAUGACAGCAGGUAAAGGCAUUGUGCAUACAGAACUUGCAGCAAGCCAAAAAGUACACGGACUUCAGUUAUGGGUCAAUUUAUCUCACCGACAUAAAAUGAUGGAUCCUCAAUAUCAAGAAAUUUCAAAGCAUAGACUAACGCAUGUUGCACCCGAACCGGGUAUUGAUAUCAAUGUCUUGGCAGGUUCUUUUCAGGGUGCUUCAAGUCCAAUCCUCACUCGGACACCUAUGAUCUUUGUAGAUGUUCAACUCAAAGAGAAAGGCAAACAAUUGGAGCAAGCUAUCCCUGCAGAUUUCAAUGGCUUCAUCUAUCCACUGAAAGGGUCAGUCAAGUUUGGCGAUGUUGUAACACUAGAUGGCACAAGGCAGAUGCUGGUCCUAAGUCAAAACGGAGGCACAUAUGUUUCUGUAAAAUCCUUAUCAGAUGAUGCACGUUUUAUUAUGGUUGCAGGUAAGCCUCUUUGCGAACCUGUGGUUCAAUAUGGCAUGUUUGCGAUGAAUACACAGAAAGAAGUCUUCAAGGCUCAAGAAGAUUUUGAACAUGGUCGCUUCGGGUUUGAACAAGCGCUGGAAUGGAUAAAUGCCAACAAAUAAUCACGAGCUUUGAAAAAAAAAAAAAAGAAAAGGAAAAUGUUUCAGGAACAUUAAAUAAAUUGCUAGGAUUGGU